AAGCAGACUGGCUUCUCAAAGGCUUCCCUCAGUCAGUCAGUCGCGCUCACUCUAGGCUGUUCACCAGGCACUUGGAUCGGCGCCUCUGAAAGUGUGCGAAUUCCAGCAUGAAAUCCAUCAGGUUACUGGCAUUAUUUCUAGCUUCAGGAUUCCUAUUCCGCAUUCAUGGAGAAAUCACCGGAGCAAUGUGGAAGGUGAAAAUGAAGGACUAUCGCUACACGCUACCAGGAUCAGUGCUGGUUUCUCUGAAGAUAUCGAGAGUUGCUUGCGGUAUGUUGUGUCACACGAGGCAAGAUUGCAUUUCUUUCAAUCACAACAAAGCAAGCACGGAGUGUGAAAUACUGAACACAGCCUUCCACAAACCAAGUGACACUACGUUGAUUGCAGCUCCUGGAUGGAACUACUACAACUUUUUGCCUCCAAGACCGCCUAAGAAUGCAAGUGGUUACUGUCCCAGUGGAGGCAUUUAUGUUCAGUACGAGCAGCCUGUUUACAAACGGUACGACUUCUCGAUUGAUGGUUUUGCCUGUUCGCCUCAUCAGUGGGUCAAAGACAGACACAACGAAGGAAAAACUUGCAAGAUGGUUAUUAUGUACGAUACAGACUUUCCGGGACAGGAUUCUGCAUACAUCAAUCAACCUGGAACUUACUACUAUGCUUUGCGGCAGUGUAUGACUUACAAUUGCAUCGGGAUGAUUUGCCUAAAAUAUUCAGACAAAUGUUGGUUGAAGCUCAAUUCGCAACUCACGUCAGGAAGCAUAACCAAAGACUCGGUCGACCUUCUUUACUGGUACACUUUUUGCGAAUAGGUCAACCAUGGAAAUUUGAGCCUUUUCUUCUACAGGAUUCGCAUCAACACUGCAAGACUAACUGCUGCUCUUGAUACUUCCCUUCAAAUAUCAGCGAGUUGUGUA